GAUAGUUUCUACGCGUGGCGGCAUGAAUAUGGAUGGAAUGGCAUAAAGUAGUUAAGUAGAAUAGUAUAGCGGUUGGUAAUGUGUUGGUAUUGUAGCGUGAAAGGAUGUAGAGGAUGUAGAGUUUGUAGCUGCCGUUAUCUUAUGCAAACAUUGGCUGUUGAACGUAGAGGAAGAGGUAGUGCAUUUAUGAAGGGGAAUCUCUGAAAGCUGGAAAGUAAUCUGUUGGACUGUUAGAUGGUGUGAGGCAAACUAAUAGAACGUAAUCUGUAGGCCGAGGGAAGCUGAAUAAUAUUAGACAAGAAAUGGCUGUUCGGAGUGCAGUAGAAGGUUAUGAUGCAUUUUGCAACUUAAUUGGGGAGCUGGAAACUCAGGGUAAACCAGUGGUCGUAUACUUUUCAGGGUCUAAAGGUGAAGAUGGAAAAAGCUGGUGUUCAGAUUGUGUAAAAGCGAUGCCUGUUGUUGAAAAAGCUGUAGAAGAUGCAGAGGAUAUACAUUUUGUGUAUGUUGGUGUUGGUGACAGGAAGUUCUGGAAGGAUCCUAAAUGUCCAUUUAGGACAGAUAAACGUCUCAGGCUGAAGAGUGUUCCCACUUUGAUGGUGUGGGGUCAGUCUGAAAAGGUGGAAGAAGCUGAAUGCUCAAAUCCAGAUCUGGUGUCAAUGUUAUUUGAACAACCUUAAAUUGUAAAUUAAUUGCCACAUUGUGUUAUUCAUUCCUACAUAAGAUUUAUAUUGUAUUGUAUGGUAUUUAUUACACACGUUCCAGCACCUCCAUACAAGGCCGAAGCCAUUGGAUACAAAACCUGUCACACCACAAGCUUGCUAAAUCAGCAAGUAAAAUAAUAAUAGCAUGUCUAGUGAAGUAACAUUUAACUUGCAUGGAAUGUAAUUGUUUAUAAAACUCUAAUAAAAAUUCGAAGUUUAUUAAAGAAUA